CACAACCACACAGGGGGAGAGCUUCACAUGGCGCACAGAGCCAUACAGUAAAAUAUCAUGAUAUAAUAAUGUUUUCCAUAUGAGAUUUGGGUUAUUUCACACUGGUCAAGUCAAAGUUCAUUUACAUUUUGUACAACAGCACAUCAGCAGAGAGCAGGCUCUGACCUCACGCCUGUGCUUUACUCGCUCCAAGAGAGCCCGUUUUACACAUAGUCAGCGAGGCGCUCGGUCGCUGGAAGUUCGCCCACGCCCUCGCCGAGGCUCUCCCCGAACGCGCCGUUGAGCUCUCCGAAAGUUCACGCCGGCGUUUGCCACCGUUUUCCACCGAUUAUCGCGCCAAAUACGCCGUCUUUCGUUCGGAGCGGCGACCGCCCGGCACCCUUUUGAGAUCCCCCUGUAAAACGAGGCGUCGCUGUGCACCCAUUCCCGGACUGGGGACACACGGCAGAGCCUCUUCUAGAGGAACGAGCCGUUGGACGCUCGCCGAGCGGCGCAUUCUGUCGUAUUUUGCCCGAUAAAUGCCACGAGAAAACACAAAUCUGAGCGUGUCAGUAAGACACAGCUGCACAGCGCCUGUCAGGUUGAGUCUACAGCGUUCUCAUGUGCCCUUUAAGGGGCCGGCUCCCCGCCUGAGAGGGAGGUUCCUCUGAACAGUCUAGUUUGUGCUCUUUCUCGCUUCACUCGCAGCAAAAGCAGAACGAUGGCAGAAGUCGCUCCUGCUCCAGCCGCCGCGCCGUCCAAAGCUCCCAAGAAGAAAAGCGCUGCCCGGCCCAAGAAAGCCGGCCCCAGCGUCGGCGAGCUCAUCGUCAAGGCCAUUUCGCAGUCCAAGGAGAGGAGCGGUGUGUCUCUCGCCGCCCUCAAGAAAGCCCUGGCUGCCGGCGGCUACGACGUGGAGAAGAACAAUUCCCGCGUUAAGCUUGCCGUCAAGAGCCUCGUGACAAAGGGCACUCUGGUGCAGACCAAAGGCACCGGUGCGUCAGGCUCCUUCAAGCUCAACAAGAAGCAAGCCGAGACCAAGAAGAAGCCGACGAAGAAAGCAGCGACCAAACCCAAGAAGGCGGCCGCCAAAAAGCCCGCCGCGGCCAAGAAGCCCAAGAAGGUAGCGGCGAAGAAGCCCGCGGCCGCCAAGAAAUCGCCGAAAAAAGCCAAGAAGGUAGCAGCGAAGAAGCCCGCGGCCGCCAAGAAAGUCGCCAAGUCUCCCAAAAAAGCCAAGAAGCCGGCGGCCCCGAAGAAGACGGCCAAGAGCCCGAAGAAAACAAAGGCUGUUAAGCCCAAAGCUGCCAAGCCCAAGGCGGCGAAAAAGGCGGCUCCCAAGAAGAAGUAAACGUGUUGUUUACCUUAAUGUCCUGUUUCUCCUAUUGAAAAAAUGGCUCUUUUAAGAGCCACCCACAUUUUCCUCUCAGAGUUAGAUUUUCCUUCGUGCUGCGCUCAAAAGCUUGUCAUUAUUAGUCAGUAGUGAUAUAGGAAACUGCCAGGCUCGACAUUAUAAUCGAGUUGCCCGUUUGCAUUUACAUGGAUGAGAGUAGGAGCGGAAAUGGGGUA